GCGUGGCCGGGCCCAUUCCCCGCCUCGCCCUCCCUUAGCCACGGCGAAGGAGGCGGAGAUCCUCGGCAAAGCCGUCCGGUUGCGCGCACUGUCGGGAAGCCAGCGAGGUGCCAUGGCGGCCUCCUCUAGCAGUGCCAGCCGUCGCGCGGAUAACGGCUACGGCGCCAACGGCCAGCAGCAGCCACCGGGCUCUCGGCGGCGGAAAGGGCCCGGCGCUUUGGCCACGGCCUACCUAGUCAUUUACAAUGUGGUCAUGACAGCCGGAUGGCUUGUUAUAGCCGUUGGCUUAGUAAGAUCAUAUCUUGCCACGGGUAGCUACCAUAACCUUUAUUAUUCCAUAGAGAAACCGCUGAAGUUCUUCCAAACUGGAGCUUUGCUUGAGAUUUUGCAUUGUGCAAUGGGCAUUGUUCCCUCUUCAGUUGUCCUGACUGCUUUUCAGGUGAUGUCAAGAGUUUUUCUGACAUGGGCCAUAACUCAUAGUGUAAAAGAGGUACAAAGUGAAGAUAGCGUCCUCCUUUUUGUUGCUGCCUGGACAGUUACUGAAAUUAUACGUUAUUCCUUUUAUACCUUCAGCUUAUUAAACCACCUUCCGUACCUCAUUAAAUGGGCCAGGUACACCUUGUUCAUCGUACUUUAUCCAAUGGGAGUGUCGGGUGAAUUGCUCACAAUAUACGCUGCUCUUCCCUUUGUCAGGCGAUCUGGCUUGUAUUCCAUUAGUUUACCUAACAAAUACAACUUCUCAUUUGAUUAUUAUACAUUCCUGAUCCUGGUUAUGAUGUCCUAUAUUCCACUCUUCCCUCAGCUGUAUUUUCACAUGCUACAUCAGAGAAGAAAAGUACUUUCACCUGCUGAAGAACAGAAGAAAGCAGAAUAACUUGUGGUGGUGUUCAAAACUAUGCACAAACCUCAAAACAAGUAAACUUUCAAAAGUUUUAUCAACAAUGCAGAGUGUUAAACUGAGAAGUCAAAACAAAAAGUUUGGUAAAUUGCUAAGGACACACCUUACAGCACUGAUAACUUUUUUUGGACAAAAUUUUCAGUCCAUGAAGUUGCAUUUUCAGCAUGUCCAUCUGCGGUGAAACUCAAAUAUAUUUAUCGUUAUUUUACAUUUUAAUUUAUUUGCUAAAACCUUCCAUUAUAAUGUGUUUAUGUUGGUGGUAUGAAUGAUAAAAGUAAGUGCAGUACUUAAAUUGGGAUUAUUUUGUUAUGUAAUGCUUGAUUGCACGUCAGAUGUUCAUGUGCAUUGUUGUAGUUAUAUUAUCUGAGAUGCUUUAACAGUUUGUCUGAACCAAGUGGGCAGUAUAAUGGAAUCCAGCAGAAGACUUUGCUGACUCCGUGUGCGGAUGAAGUGGUGCUCCUUGGAAUUCAGGGCACAAUCCCACAGAGUUAUUUCAGCAACUAGUUGCAUAUUCUGUAUGACUGGACUUUUUGCAGUGGGGCCUUAAAGUAGUACAGUAUUUCAAAAGAGUAUGUGCUCUGAAGGAGCAACAGUUUUAUUACCUCAAACUUGGAUGCUCUCUUGUUCUUGAAUGCUUUUUUCCUUUUUCUUAAGUAGCGGCCCAGUUUUAAUAAAAUUUACACACACACACUUAAAAUUUGUAACUGAUGUAGAAAAAUGUCACCUGAAAACUUUUUUAUGACUUUGAAUCAACUGUUCGAAUAUAUUAUGAGUGUUUUGUGAAAUUUUGCAUGCACGCACAGAAAUUUUAAAUAUUGCAUUUUCAGGAUAUAGACAGGUUCUGUAAGAAGUAUUUUCCUAAAAUUAGCUCAUUUAAAAUUCAGGAUGUUUUCACAACACCAUUAAUUUGUUUCUAAACACAGUAUUAAUGCUAGCAAAUCCUAUUGACCUCAGUGUUUACUCCUUCAAAGAGCUGCACUUUGAUAACCGAACCAGAAAAGAGAUUGUGGACUGAAUGUUUUUUUGAUUGAAUAAAAUUCUUAGAACAGUC